AUGGCCUCAUUUCUGCAUCCGAAGCCGUUCGACAUCCUCGGUCACCACAUCUCGUCAAUCCCUCACGCACAUACGACAUCUGAAGCUCCACGCACGCCUCCGCGCACAACUGUCAAGAUGGGUCUCGUCGACGCCAAGAACAAGGUGCCUGAGCACCAGCGCUACUACCAGCAGGCCUACAGGGCGCACACCCGCCUUUGGAAGAUUGGCUCCCGCAGCCGCUGGUACAUGACGCCAUACCUCGUCGUUCUUUGGGGUGGAUUCGGAGCCGCCAUGUACGCCGCUGGGCGCAAGGUUACGGGCCACAACACCUGGUUCGGCAAGGACUAA